CGCGCAUCACUACUCUGAGGGAAUCAUGGGAGGAAGUGUUUCAAAGUCCACCUGAGUGUGCGUUUCUAACACCCUCGGAUCACAGAGAGUGUGUGUGUCUGUCAUUGUGUGGACCAGCAUGGAACAGCAGAAGAAGAUUCUGUGUGUGGGGCUGGUGUGUCUCGACAUCAUCAACGUGGUGAACAAAUACCCUGAAGAAGACACUGACAGCAGAUGUCUGUCGCAGCGUUGGCAGCGGGGAGGAAAUGCUUCAAACUCAUGCACAGUGCUGUCGCUGCUCGGAGCGCCCUGUGCCUUCAUGGGCUCCUUGUCAGCUGGUCCUGUGGCCAAUUUUAUUUUGGAAGAUUUUCAGAAGUACUGCAUCGAUGUGUCUCUGCUGUCUGAGCACCCUCAGUGCUUCCUUCCAGCCUCCAUGGUCAUCAGCAACACCAGCACAGGAAGUCGCACUAUCCUGCACAUGAACAGUUUCAUCAUGGCUGACUUCUCGCAGCGGGACAUCGAUGUGUCAGCGGUGGUUUUGCAGGUCGAAGGUCAAACUCCAUGUGCUUGUUGUGUGGUUUGUCCAUCCACUGGAACUCGAACCGUCGUUCUCUCCGAUACGAACCUUCCAGAUGUCACAGCAGAGGAUUUUUCAAAAGUUCACCUUCAUCAGUUCAAGUGGAUCCACUGGGAGGGCCGAAACGCAGAGGAGCAGGUGAAGAUGAUCCAGCAGGUAGAGCGAUAUAACAGCAUGUUGCCACAGCAACAGAAGAUCACCAUUUCCGUGGAGAUAGAGAAGACCAGAGAGCCGCUGUACCAGCUGUUUCCUCAUGGCGAUGUGGUGUUUGUCAGUAAGGACGUUGCUCGUGAUUUUGGGUUUGAGUCAGCUGAAGCUGCCCUGAAAGGACUUUACAGUCGAGUCAAACAGGGGGCCAUCCUGAUCUGUGCCUGGGCAGAAAAAGGAGCUGAUGCUUUGGGUCCUGAUGGUGUGAUCAUUCAUUCUGAUGCAUUUCCUCCUGAAAGUCUCGUUGAUACGCUUGGAGCUGGGGACACCUUCAACGCUGCUGUCAUCUACACACUGUCCAAAGGUGAGACUUUUAAACAUCUAUGUAGCAGGAAGCCAGCAAAACCUCAGUAUUCUGUAGCAAAUAGCUUUAUUAAUAAAGUGCUGAUCCUGAUACACGCCAGAACAAAACCUGUUUUAACAUAUAUCCGUUGUUGUAAGUGUACAUGGAUUGGCUCUUAUAUAAUCCUUUUCUACGCUACUUGAGCACUCAAAACUUUAUACAACAUGCCUCAUCCACCCAUGGACAGACAGUUUUCUAUCCACAAGCUAUGCGACUUGGGGUCCU